AUGGCGCUCUUCGGACAACUAUGUACAUCGUACAGUUAAAACAAUUUAACAUGCGCAUGAAGAGUUGAUAUUUUAAAUAUAAGAUACUGUGUGUUGUUUCAUGAUAUUUAUUUGUAUUAUUAUUUAUUGCAUAUUAUAAUUAUGUCAACAUUUACUUUUGGAACACCUACAACUUCGAGCAAUACAAGUUUCGGAUUUGCACAAAAUAUUCCUUUUGGUUCAAGUACUUCAACACCAACAUUAACUUUUGGGGCUACAUCAACACCAACAACAACAACUGGGCUUAGUUUUGGAUUUAAUACUGCACCUGCAACUACUGCACAAACACAAUCAAGUGGUUUACUUUUGGGAUCAAAUACGACUAGUACAACAACUGCGAGUAGUUUAUUUCCAACUCCAACUACAUCUGCACCAUUAUUUGGUGGCCUUUCUUUUGGUACGCCAGCAACAAGUUCUACAUUAACAUUUGGUGCUCCAUCCGCUACAACUACAACUGGAAAUGUUAGCUUUGGAACGCCUACUACCACAACAUCACUUUUUGGUAGUGGCAAUUUAUUAGGAUCAAAAUUAGGUACUAUUGGCACUACAACUACCACAAGCACUACAAAUAGAGGACUAGGAGGAUUAGAUGUAUCAUCAAGUAAUAAAGGGCUUUCACAAGGAAAUACUAAUUCAACUGCUAAAGAGAAUGUUUGGCCACCAGAAUUAUUACAGACAAUAGAAAAAUUCAAGGAAUUUGUGAAAGAACAAAAAGUAUUAUCUUCAGAUAUAGCAAGAGGCUCUGCAAGACCAUUAAAUAGAUGUGCAGAAGAUACAGCAUCAUUGAUGGAACUUCUAACAACAUUAGGUGGAUCAGUUCAACGUGAUCGUUCUGCUGCUGAUAAGUUAAAACAGGAUACAGCAAAAGCAUUACAAAAUGCUGAAAUAGCUCAAAGAACACACGAUACUCCACCAGGCUUACAAUAUGAAAAUAAUGCACCAUUAUUAUUUUUUAUGGAAUUGGCUGAUAACUUUGAACAUGACUUGAUGUUAUUUAGAUCUCAAAUUGAAACAACAGAAAAACAUAUACAGACAAUGAUGACUCCAAAAACUUUAACGCCACAAGAAUUGACAAUGGCUAUGAGUAAACUUCACGAAUCUCUUGUUGCUGUUGCUGGCAAAUUACAAGGUGUACAUUCAAAAGUUCAACAACAAAAAGAACAAUAUUUGAACUUUAGAAAAUACGUUUUAAAAGAUAAUACAAACGUUUUUGAAGAUAUUAAAUCGGAUGGGAAAACAUCUCGAAAUAGUAUUGGAAAAAUUACGAGUGGUCCUACACCAUUUGGUCCAGGAAAUAAAAGUUUUCUUUCAUCAACAGCAUUAAAUUCUAAUAGACCAGGAAGUUAUGAAACGCGAAAUCCAUUAGGUCUUGCGUGGAUUUAGUAUGAGGAAAAGAGUAAGGAAUCUGUUUUAGUGUAUGAGUUUGGGGAAAUACAAUACCAACAUCACCUGCCACUAACAUUACUCUAAGUUCGUCAUUGAAACCACCAACAGCAAGUUUGACUUUUAAUACUCCGUCAAAUUUUGCUACACCUUUACCAAUGAGUGAAUCAAACUCGAGUUUUCAACUUCAGAAACCUCCUAUUGGUAAUAAAAGAGGAAAACAUUAAA